UGCGGCUGUGAUGCCACCAAGUCAACCACUGAUUCCUGCGAUCAGCUGACUGGUCAGUGUCAGUGCAGAUCAGGCUUUGGAGGCCGAACGUGUACAGAGUGCCCUGAUAAUACGUACGGAGACCCUCUGAAAGGCUGCCAACCCUGUGACUGUGAUGCCAGUGGAACCCUCCCAGGAGUUUGUGACAAGCAGUCAGGAGUCUGUUUGUGCCGACCGGGCGUCUCUGGAGCUCGCUGCGACUCCUGCAGUCCUGACCGCUGCGACUCCUUCCCUGACUGUGAGAUGUGUCCCUCCUGCUUCUUCAACCUAAACACUCAGCAAAAGAAUCUCAGGUCGGUCCUGUUGAGACUUGCUUCCAGAUUAUCAUCUCAGUCUGGAGGCGCUGCUGACUUUGGGCCCCGCAUCAGUGACCUGGAGGCCAGUUUGAAAAUCAUCCAGAACUCCAUGUCCCUCUCACCCAUCACUGAUACACGUGAUGCUCUUUCUAAGCUGAAGAAGCUCAGGUACCAGGUUGAUAAUGACCUUUCACCCCACAAAACUCCUGGUCUGGACUCUGAGCUGGACAAACUGCAGGACCUGCUGGAAAGCUUCACUCUGGUGUACAAUGCCAAGAAAGCUGUCACAGAGAACUCUAUCAGUCCCAACAAUAUAGGGGCAUUUACUGCCAUCAGCAACGCCUACGAUAACUCGACAGAUGCCACCAAAAAAGUUGAGGCCGGGAAAAAUACCAUAAAGGAAUCAACUGAUGUCCGAGAAAAGACUGAGGACAUUCAGAGCAAAGUACAGCCAGCCAACACCAGAGAUCUGGACAAACUGAACAACAGCAUGGCCUCCCAACCCAACCUCACUCCUGUUGCCAGACAAGUGUGUGGCAGUGUUCACUCUGAGCCCUGCACACCUCUCCAGUGUGAAAUUGGAGAUUUGUGCACACCAGUGGGAGAUGCACCCUGUGAAAAGGGGGGAAAGUGUGUGGGCGCUCUGCCUCUGAGCAAGAGGGCAGACGCUGAUGCCAAGGAUGUGAAGGAAGGACUCGACAAACUCUCUGGGAGGAUCACCGACGCUGCAGAGAAGCUGCAGAAAACACAGGAGAUGACCAAUCAGGUGAGGCAGUCUACAGAGAAGCUGUCCAGUAAGCUGCAGCAGGCCAGAGAUGAACUCGAAGACGACCUAAAUGAGACACGCAGCGUUGUGAAAGAGCUCAAAGACUUCCUGUCAGACCCAUCCGCUAACCUGACCCAUGUCCAGAAGGUGAGUGACUGGAUCCUGAAUGCCAAGCUGCCCCCCAGAUUGGCAGGGCUUAAAGGGAAGCUGCAGGAGCUGAAGGAUCUGACAGCCAAUCUACCAGACAGCACAGCAGUGCUGAGGGAAGCUGAGCCACAGUUAGAUGCAGCCAAGAAACUGCUGCAGGAUGCUCAGGAUGCCAGGGACACAGCACUGGGUGUGAAGGCUGAUGUUGAUGGGCUGCUGGCAGGCUUCAGCUCAGUGAGCCCUUCCCUUGCUGAGCUGGAAGACAAAUUGCAAGACAAAAUGGAUGUCAUAGAGACCUUGAAUAACAACCUUACUAAGGCCAAAGACCAGCUGGUGCCAGCAGAGAAGGCUCUGGACGAUGUAUCAACACUGAUAAAGCCAAUGAAACCCCAGCUGGAUAAGCUGAAAGACCUGCUGCAGGAUGGAGGUCAGCUGGCUGAAGAUGCACGGGAAAAUGCAGAAAAAGCUGACAAAGAAGCAGCUGCUGGAAAUCAGGACCUGUUGACUUUGGAGAAGCACCUUGACAGUCUUAAAGAGAAAGGUGUUCCCAGGACAGAUGAUGAGACGGAGCCAGCGGGGGAUCGACUGAACAAACUGCAGCAGGAUGCUGGAGCUCUGGCUAACAUAACCAAAAACAUGCUGCAGGCUCUAGAUGGAAAAGCCGACUCCAUCCAAAGACUGCAGGACGAGAUAGUUCAGAAGUCAACGAAGCUUGAACAGCUCGAUGUCGAUCUUAAAACACUUCUGACACAACUCCGUAAGAAAGCCGACGACCUCAGUGCCUGCCAGGGCUGAGUUGACAUGUAGCAGUGCAGUUAGUAUGUAACUGUAACACUGUCUGAGGAAUUCCAACCAUUUUUAUACAUGCUCUCUAUUUGAAAGACUCAAGAGUAAUUGGACAGUUUUCUGACAGGCAGUUUCAUGGCUGCAUGCGACUUGUUGCUCAUUAAAAAGCUGAAAGAUCUGGAUUUGAUUCCAAAUGAUAAAUUUAUAUUUAGUGGCUGUUCACAAGAACUAUGAGCUCCGAGAUAAAUAAGUGGAGGCUGUCAUUAAAACUCAAAAUAUAUCAGACAGAUAGAUUAGAAACAAUAAAACCAGCUCACAUAUUUAAAAUUAUGUGUUUAUGUUUUAGACAAUGUAAUUCCUGCGCAGGUGAAUAACAGCAUGAAAGACUUUGAUUGUUUAACUGAAAUACCCUGUGAUGGUGACCACAGACACCAAAUUAACUUCAGCGUGUACAGGUUACUCAGACCUGCGCUGUACCAGCUGCCUUCGAAUCAGAAACAUACAACAAGCUUUAAUGAAAAUGAAUUUCAGCAUCAUGAACACCAAAUUUUGAGCUGAUUUUUUUGGUCCUAUUUGAAUGUAACCUUACCCUGUAUUUGUGUCAGUCACAUCUCUGAUGGUUGUCUCAUGGUUUCUAGAGUCAUUGCUGCCUGUAUAUUUAUCACUAAUCUGCAAUUUGUUUCAACAAAGUUUCAUGUUCACAGCAACACCGCAUUACUACAUUUUUCCAAAGUGGAUAAAGGCUGAAUGUUCCCUUAUUUACUGAUCUGAAUCUGUUGUUCAUGCAUAACAAACAGGAACACAACAGGUUUAGUGAGGAAAUGGUUGCUUGUUUUAAAUGCCUGUAUUUAAUUGUUUCUUUAAUUUAAAAAACUGUAUUUCACUACAUUUGUGGAAUAAAAUCUAUUCUUUAUACCAA